CCGGAUGGAGGCACGUCAUUGUCCCCCGCCGGGCGGCUGGGCUGUGUGCGGCGGCGGCGGCGGCGGCGGCCGAGGGGGAUGGAGCGAGCGCGGAGCCGGGUCAGAACUGAACAAUGACUAUAGUUGACAAACCUGAACCUGAUAAAGCUGAACCUUCAGACCUGUCCAUCUGUCAGAACCAGCCUGACAGUUCAGAGGGCGUCUCAUCUGGAGACAUGGACGCAGGACCUGCCAGCUGGAACACCGUGUCUUCAUUAAGUGAUGUUCCCAAUCACACGCUUUCAUUAGGACCAGUACCUGGUGCUGUAGUUUAUUCCAGUUCAUCUGUACCUGAUAAAUCAAAAACAUCACCACAAAAGGAUCAAGUUGUAGGUGAUGGCAUUGCGCCUCCACAAAAAGUCCUUUUUCCAUCAGAGAAGAUCUGUCUUAAGUGGCAGCAGACUCACAGAGUUGGCGCUGGACUUCAGAAUUUGGGCAAUACCUGUUUUGCCAAUGCAGCCUUGCAGUGCUUAACUUACACGCCACCCCUCGCCAAUUACAUGCUGUCACACGAGCACUCCAAAACAUGCCACGCAGAAGGAUUUUGUAUGAUGUGUACCAUGCAAGCGCACAUUACCCAGGCACUCAACAAUCCUGGGGACGUUAUUAAGCCGAUGUUUGUCAUGAAUGAGAUGCGACGUAUUGCUAGGCAUUUCCGAUUUGGAAACCAAGAGGAUGCCCAUGAAUUUCUCCAGUAUACUGUGGAUGCUAUGCAGAGAGCAUGCUUGAAUGGGAGUAAUAAAUUAGACAGACACACCCAGGCCACCACACUUGUCUGUCAGAUAUUUGGAGGAUACUUAAGAUCUCGAGUGAAAUGCUUAAACUGCAAGGCUGUUUCAGAUACUUUUGAUCCAUAUCUUGAUAUAACAUUGGAGAUAAAGGCCGUUCAAAGUGUCACCAAGGCAUUGGAGCAGUUUGUAAAACCCGAACAGCUGGAUGGCGAAAAUUCAUAUAAAUGCAGCAAGUGCAAAAAGAUGGUUCCUGCUUCAAAAAGGUUCACAAUACAUCGAUCCUCCAAUGUUCUUACAAUUUCUCUGAAACGCUUUGCAAAUUUUACUGGUGGCAAAAUUGCUAAGGAUGUGAAAUAUCCUGAAUACCUUGACAUUCGACCAUAUAUGUCUCAACACAAUGGAGAGCCAAUUAUUUAUGUUUUAUAUGCGGUGCUGGUGCACACUGGCUUCAACUGUCAUGCUGGCCAUUAUUUCUGUUAUAUAAAAGCUAGCAAUGGCCUCUGGUACCAAAUGAAUGACUCGAUUGUGUCUACUAGUGAUAUUAGAUCAGUCCUCAACCAACAAGCUUAUGUGCUGUUUUAUAUCAGGUCCCUUGAUGUGAAAAAUGGAGAAGCUGCUCAUUCCACUCACAGCCCCAGCCAGGCUUCCCCACGCCCUGCAGUCGGUCAGCGGGUGGUCAACAACAAGCAGGCCUCCACUGGGUUUAUUGGUCCACAGCUUCCCUCUCACAUGGUGAAGAACCCACCUCACUUGAAUGGGACUGGGCCAGUGAAGGAUCUGCCAAGCAGUUCAGUGUCAAGCCCUAAGGGAAAUCCUGUUAGUGCAUCCACUUCUGUGCAAAACUGGUCAGUUAACAGGCCCUCUGUUAUUCCGGAACACCCCAAGAAACAAAAAAUCACCAUCAGUAUUCACAACAAGCUGUCUGUUAGCCAAGGUCAGGUGCAGCCCAACCACAGCACUUCACUGGAGGCCCCUCAUGAGGCCGGGCCCCCCACUGCUGCCACCAGUCCCUCUGCAGCCACCAGUCCCUCUGCAGCGCAGUCUACCUCGAAUGGACCGCCAGCCCCAGUGUCUAGUAAAGUAGCAAAAUUAGUGUCCCCACGUGAAUCUUGUCCUAAACCCAUGGUGAACGGCAAGGCCAAGCUGGGCUCCAGUGUGCUGGUCCCCUAUGGCGCUGAGUCAUCCGAAGAGUCUGAUGAGGAGUCCAAAGGCUUGGCAAAGGAGAACGGUGUGGAGAAUGGCGUGGGUGUGAUGGCAAGCACCCACUGUGCAGGGCCAGAAGCCAAAGAUGCCAUGGCCUCUCCACCCGAGAUUCAAGAACCCAUCACUCUAAAUGGUGCUAGUAGCACAGACAGUGACUCAAAAGAGAAUGGCCUGUCAUUUGAUGGUGCCAGCUGCCCAGCCCAGCCUGGUCUUCAUUCAGAAAAUCUCUUCACUAAAGCAAAUGGUCUUCCUGGCAAGCUGAUACCCGUUUCCUUACCAUCUCUCCCUGAAGACAAAGUCUUAGAGACCUUCAAACUCAAUAGUGUGAAAGGCUCAGCAGACGAAACAAGUCAAACUGGAACGGAGAAAAGCCCUCCUGAGGAGCCUGCUAUAGAGCAGGUGGCUGACAUCACUGAGGCUGCCUCCUGUGAGACCCCCGGGGCAGUCAGCAGCCUGAGCAGCAGGACCCCACAGGCCUUGCCACUCUUGGACCCCUCCCUCAGUGCUACCAAAGAAGCAGCUUCUGAAGCAGCCAGGGCAGAGCCCAGGGAGCCGUUCCCCGCGGUCCCCACACUCUGCAGCACCAGUAGUGCUGCCGCUGGUGGGGUCCAGCUGCCCGAGCCGUGUGACCCUGGAGCCCUGGCCAUCGACCAGGCCCAGCCAUCCCAAGUGGUAAAGGGGAUGGUAGCUGAGAGCGCACAGGACUCCCAGUGUGCGGACGUGGUGGCAAGGCUGGGCCCGGAUCCUCUGGUACGUUCAGGAGAUGGGUGUGAGCACCAGCUCAUCUUUUACCUCAACAAGGACAGGAGCAAAGAGGCGGAAGACGUUUCCAGAAGCUCUGCUGCCUCUGCAGAGUCACUGCCUUCCCAGGUGGACAGGACCACUGCCCCUUGUGAAGGGGUCCCUGAGCAGGGUAGUGGUGAGAGAGGCGAUGGAAACAAGGUGGGGCCCAAAGGUCUAGAGCCUUCUCCAGCAAAGGAAAAGAUCAAUAGCCUCAGAAAAGUCGAUCGCGGCCAUUACCGCAACCAUCGGAGGCGCUCCUCCAGCGGGGAGCGCACCAGGGAUAGCCGGGGCAAGACGGAGGACAGUUACCACCGCCGGCCGCGCUGCUCCUACAGCCGGGAGCGGGCCAAGCCGGAGCGCCACCUGGCCGCUGUGCACUGCAACGGCAGCCAGCACCCGGGCCAGGGCGACCGGGUCAGCCCCGGGGAGAGGCGGUGUCUGGGCAGGUACACCCACCACCACUCUCGGGUGAGGAACGGACCAGAGCAGGACUGGGGCAGGUACUACCACUCGGAGAGUGAGCACGCGUGGGGCCGGGAGAGGUUCUAUCCAGAGAAGAUGCGCUGGGAAAAGUGCAGGUACUACCAGGACAGGUACGGCGCCUACCCGGCCCGGGAGUGGCGGCCUCUGCACGGCAGCCGCGAGCACGAGCGCCUGGGGCAGCCUGGGCGGCCACACAAGGACUACUACUGGAACCACAAGGGCUGGGAGCCACUGGCCCGGGGCAAGGAGCAGCCCCACUUCCACGCCUCCCGUGUGGCCUCCAGUCUCCCCGGGUAUCCCCAGGAGAAGUCUGCCCUGGGAGCCCUGGAUAUCAGCUGUGGCCUUUCCCAGCGCUUCCAUGAGCACGAAAGCAUCAAGUUACGGAAACGGAGGUACGAGAAUCUGGAAAAUAAUGGUAGCCACCUAGAAAAGAAAGCCACCAGAAGCCUAGAGAAGGACUCUUUAGAAGAGCCUCGGGCCAAGAAGCACAAAAAAUCCAAGAAGAAAAAGAAGUCCAAAGACAAACACCGGGAGCGGGACUGCAGAUACCAGCAAGACUCCGACGUCUCAGCAGCGUACUCUGAUGCUGACAUCCAUAAACAUAAAAGAAAGAAAAAAAAGAAAAAAAGGCACUCACGGAAAUCCGAGGACUUUGUGCAAGAUGAAGAUGAGCUACGUGUAAUGGAGGCCCCAAGCUAUGAGGCUGUUGGUCAUUUUCGGAGAACCGAGGGCGCCUUUCUAUUAGCCAACGACCUGCCUCUGGAAGGCACCGGCCCUUUCCGGGAGAAGAUGAAGCAUUUACGGAUGGAAAGCAGGCCUGACCGGUGUCCUUUGCCAGAGUAUGGCCAAGGUGAGAGGAGGUGAUUAAAACCCCCUGGCUUCAAAGCAGAUUCACUAGUUAUGAUUCAACGUUUUCAACAAGCCAUCCCCAACCCAGCUUAAAUUAUAAACAGAAAAUAACUUUGUUCAAACAGCGUGGUGCUUCUUUAGUAAAUAUUGUACAGAUUUUACCAUGAACUUUUUCUUUAGUAUCUUUUCUUAAUUAUCCUUAUUCCAACUGGAUGAACACUUUCUACAACUGCUGACCAUUGUAAAUUACCAUGUAUAUAAAUCACAUUGAAUAUUAUGCCCUGGAAUAGAACAUCUCAAUGCUGCUCAAUUACAGACUCAGGUUGAUUACUUGUAUUUCAUGUAAUGUUCUCCAAGUUAGACAUCUGGUGCAAGACCAACCGGGAAACCAUGGACUUAAGGACAAACCAACAGCGCGUCUAUUUAAUGUAGAGACUUAUUUAAAGAUUCAAGCUCUCAACUAGGUUUUCGAGGGCUAUUUUCUGUAAUGUCUGAUACUAGAAACUAAUUUGCUUCACACUUUAGUUAUAUUCAAGAUUUAAAAAUGUAUUUUAUAGACAAGUUCUGUUUUUGAACUCUGGAAUUAUUCCAAUCAAUCUACCAGUUAUGAGUAUUUGCAUUAUGAAUGUAUAAUCCAAACAUUAUUUGUAAAGCCUACAGUAUGUUUUUGUUACGUAACACUUUUUGAUACGGUGUCUCUUGUCUUGACUAUAUGAUAUUGGAAUCCGAGUUGUCAGCUUAGUCCCUUCAAGUUUCUAGUUAACAGACAGAAAUCAUACUGUGAUUUUAUUUUUAAUAUGGAUAUGCUAUCAAACUGUGAUACACUUAUAUUUCACGGGUCCUGCAUCAGGAGAAUGAGUGGGGCAGGACUGUAUAUAAUACAGUUUGUAUCAGAAUAAUCUGUAUGGUUUAUACAGUUUGUGUUGUUCAGCAAUGUCUGAAGUUUGAUCUUUGUUUUUUUAAAGAUUAAAAAAGCACUUGCCCCACUGUAAAUAAUAUACAGCAUGUAAAAUUUAUAUAGUAUAUAAAUGGCAGCAAAUUAAA